AUGGGCCGAAAUCACAAAGAGUACGCGCCUGUGUACUCUGAUGAGAGUCUAGCAUCGAGUCGUGAAGCUGUCGAGGCCGCAGUUGCAGCAGCAAACAUACGGCACACAUCAAAGCUUCAUAGAUUCGGGGUGUGGACUCUCCAUGCCGUCUUGAUCACCAUCUACACCGCAAUCUUUGCUGUUUCAUUAUUGCCCAACAGACCAUUUUCGGGAGUGUUUAGUUUGAUAGAUGCACCGCCAAAGGCUGUCGGCGAGAAGACUCAUCUCGAAGUCUUCCCUAUUCAAGGUCCGCCACAUGGCAAAUACACGGGUGAACCAAGACCAGAGAAGCGUCUCUACCAAACGCUGUCGCCCGACUACUACUUUCCCAACGCAACCAAGCAAGAAAUCGCUACAAAUCGAGAGCAUAACCAGCACUGUCUUGAGGUCCUCCGCAUGGGUGCAGCCUGUCGUGGUGACAUUUCCAUCAUCACCCACAUGUGGACUGACAUCGACGCGAAGCCCAUCGUGAACCAAACGGCGCCUCACCAAUGUAUUGACUUUGACAAGGUCAUGGACUAUUCUCGGGACAAUACAGUAGAUGUAUAUAAGGACAACUAUAUCGUCCACCCGAAGUUUGGACCUUCCUUUCCCAAGGGCAAUAGCAUUAAGCCCUUUAAGGAGCAGGGAAUGGGGCACCAUCAUUAA